CAAUGAAAGCACCCUUGAUGUGUGUGUGUUUUCACUUCAGAAUAAUUUAAUCCCGUACCGAAACGAGGUCAUAGGUAAGCUGGAUAAGCCAAAAUUUAUCAGAAGUAGCAAAAUCCUUCCACUUGAGAGAUAAUAAUCUUCUUCUAAAAAAUGUACGGCGGAGCUCCGUCCGCCGGCGGCGGAGGAGGAGGAGGAAGGACAUGGCCGUCGACGACGUCGGUGUCAUCAUCAGGGAAGAGAAUACAAAAGGAAAUGACAGAAUUAAGUAUGGAAGCACCACCUGAUUGUGCUGCUGGUCCUAAAGGUGAUAAUCUUUAUCAUUGGGUUGCUACUCUCUUCGGUCCAUCUGGAACACCUUAUGAGGGCGGAAUAUUUUUUCUUGAUAUAACCUUUCCUUCUGAUUAUCCAUUUAAACCUCCAAAGGUUGUAUUCAAAACUCGCAUAUAUCAUUGUAAUGUUGAUCCCUCCGGCAAUGUUAGCUUGGACAUCCUAACAGAGAAUUGGAGCCCAGCAUUAACCAUCUCAAAAGUGCUACUUGCUCUUAGAUCAAUGUUCACCAAUCCUGAAACCUAUAAGCCGGUUGUUCCUGGAAUUGCACACCUAUACUUGGGAGAUAAAGCCAAACAUGAUGAAAUAGCUACAGAGUGGACACUGAGAUUUGCAAGGUGAAAGAAGAACUUGAUGUGGACCUUAUUUAAACAAGUUCAGGUCAGCCACUGCUUAGUUUGAAGUUAUCCCUAGCUUUGCUAGUUGACGAGCAUAGAAGAGCUGUUGUAGACGAUAUUUAAACUUACAACUUGUAUAUAAUUUGUAUAAAUAAAUUAGACUUCCAUUACCUAAUUUUCGGAAUUUUACAUUGAGACCAGUUGCUUUAUUUGUUUGUUGAACACUUCCCUUCACACUACAUUUGUAAGUCCUUGAGGAUUAACCAGUAAAAGCAGAAUGUAACUGGAUGACAGGUUUUAGCCUAAAAUUCGAUUGAUCUUGCAUCA